GGACCAGACCUAAAGCUUACUAUUUAUAUUGUUUGUCACUUUCACACCUUGUUCAUCUUAUGAUGAUCAAAUGAAUCAGAGAGAAGUUGAAACUGUUUAACUACUUAAGUUGUUAACUAGAGGAACUGACUUAUAACCUUCAAUCCUCAACACGGGUUCACACUACACACUGAAGGCUCCGGGACUAAAUCAAGCUCAAAGUUAGGGUUAGGGUGUCUCAGCGCCGGUGACACCCGGUGGCUGGAGGCAUUAUGUGUUCGGGUUGUCUGUCCUAUUUCAGACAUGAUGAUUCUUCAUGAUUCCACAGAGUCGACCAGGAGGGCUCAGACGCUCCCAGUGGUCAGUCCGCCCCGCAGCAGGACACACAUCUGGACGCUGUGCUAACGAUGCUGCAGGACAACAUUUUCACUUUUGUGAAGGACGAACUGAAGAAGUACCAGAGGUUCCUGAGUCCAGAUUACCCAGAAUGCUUCGAGAGUCUGGGGGAGGAUGAGGAGGUGUUGGACGGCGAGGAUGAGGAGCAGAGGAGGAGCAGCAAGGAGGCGUUUCUGAAGCUCGCAUUGAACUUCCUGAGGAGGAUGAAGCAGGACAAUCUGGCCGAGUGUCUGCAGAGCGGAUCUCGGGCUCCACUUUGUCAAAGUAAACUGAAAUCCAAGCUGACGAAGAAGUUCCAGUGUGUGUUCGAGGGCGUGGCCAAAGCAGGAAACCCGAUGCUCCUGAGCCAGAUCUACACCGAACUCUUCAUCACAGAGGGAGGGAGCGGAGAGGUCAAUGACGAGCAUGAGGUCAGACAGAUUCAAACAGCUUCCAGGAAACUAGACAGACCGGAAACGACCAUCAGACAAGAAGACAUCUUCAAAGCGUCACCAGGAAGAGACGAACCAAUCAGAACGGUGAUGACAAAGGGGGUGGCCGGCAUCGGGAAAACCGUCCUCACGCAGAAGUUCACUCUGGACUGGGCAGGAGACAAAACCAACCAGGACACAACGUUCAUGUUUCCGUUUACGUUCCGAGAGCUGAACGUGCUGAAGGAGAAGAAGUACAGCUUGGUGGAGCUCGUCCAUCACUUCUUCCCUGAAAUCAAAGAAGCAGGAAUCUGCAGGUUUGAAGAGUUCCAGGUCGUCUUCAUCUUGGACGGUCUGGACGAGUGUCGACUUCCUCUGGACUUCCACAACACGGAGACCCUGACCGACAUCACAGCGUCCACCUCAGUGGACGUGCUGCUGACGAACCUCAUCAGGGGGAAGCUGCUGCCCUCUGCUCGCCUCUGGAUAACCACACGACCUGCGGCAGCCAAUCAGAUCCCUCCUGAGUGUGUGGACAGGGUGACAGAGGUCAGAGGGUUCACUGACCCACAGAAGGAGGAGUACUUCAGGAAGAGGUUCAGCGACGAAGAACAGGCCAACACGAUCAUCGCUCACAUCCAGACGUCACGAAGCCUCCACAUCAUGUGCCACAUCCCGGUCUUCUGCUGGAUCACUGCUACAGUUCUGAAGGACGUGUUGAGCACCAGAGAGGGGGGGGAGCUGCCCAAGACCCUGACGGAGAUGUACAUCCACUUCCUGGUGGUUCAGUCCAAACUGAAGAAGCUCAAGUAUGACAGAGGAGCUGAGGCAGAUCCACUCUGGAGUCCCGACAGCAGGAAGAUGAUGGAGUCUCUGGGAAAGCUGGCGUUUGAGCAGCUGCGUAAAGGAAACCUGAUCUUCUACGAAUCCGACCUGACAGAGUGUGGCAUCGAUAUCAGAGCUGCCUCCGUUUACUCAGGAGUGUUCACGCAGAUCUUUAAAGAGGAGAGAGGCCUGUACCAGGACAAGGUGUUCUGCUUCGUCCACCUGAGCGUCCAGGAGUUUCUGGCUGCUCUUCACGUCCAUCUCACCUUCAUCAACUCCGGAGUCAAUCUGAUGUCAGGCCAACAAACAACCUCCCCCAUGUCUCACAUGACAAACUUCUACCAGAGCGCUGCUGACGAGGCCUUACGGAGUCCAAACGGACACCUGGACCUGUUCCUCCGCUUCCUCCUGGGUCUUUCCCUGCAGACCAAUCAGAGUCUCCUACGAGGCCUGCUGACCCAGACAGGAAGUGGCUCGUGGACCACACAGGAAACGGUUGAGUACAUCCAGAAAAAGAUCGAAGAGACGACCUCCGCAGAGCAAAGCAUCAACCUGUUCCACUGUCUGAACGAACUGAACGAUCGCUCUCUGGUGGACGAGAUCCAGCGCUACCUGAGGUCAGGAAGUCUGUCCGUGGAUCAGCUGUGUCCCGCCCACUGGUCCGCUCUGGCCUUCAUCUUACUGUCGUCAGCCAAAAGCCUGGACGUGUUUGACCUGAAGAAAUACUCUGCGUCAGAGGAGCAUCUUCCUCGGCUGCUGCCGGUGGUCAAAGCCUCGCAACAAGCUCUGCUGAGCGGCUGCAACCUGUCGGAGAGGAGCUGUGCAGCUCUGUCGUCCGUCCUCAGCUCCCCGACCUGCAGCCUGAGGGAUCUGGACCUGAGCAACAACCCCCUGCAGGACUCAGGAGUGGAGCUGCUGUCUGUGGGACUGAGGAGUCCACACUGUGUGCUGGAAACUCUCAGGCUGAACGGCUGCAACCUGUCGGAGCGGAGCUGUGCAGCUCUGUCGUCCGUCCUCAGCUCCCCGACCUGCAGCCUGAGGGAUCUGGACCUGAGCAACAACCAGCUGCAGGACUCAGGAGUGGAGCUGCUGUCUGUGGGACUGAGGAGUCCACACUGUGUGCUGGACACUCUCAGGGUGGAGCCUGAUGGCGUCCGAUGGUUGAGACCUGGGCUGAAGAAGUAUCUCUGUGAACUCGUACUGGACACAGACACGAUAAACAAGAACCUCCACCUGUCCAACGACAGCAGGACAGUGACGUACGAGGACGACAUCCAGACGUAUCCCGAUCAUCCGGACAGGUUUGACGAGCGCCCUCAGCUGCUGUGUAGAAACGCUCUGACUGGUCGCUGUUACUGGGAGGUCGACUGGAAUGGGCUCAUCAACAUAGCAGUGAGUUCCAGAGGAAUCGCACGGGAAGGAGAAGGUGACGAUAGUUGGUUUGGAAUGAACGACCAGUCCUGGAGUCUCUACUGCUCCGAUCUUCACGGUUGCACCGUCACACGCGGCGGGCGUCCGAUCUGCAACGAUGGUCAUUUCCUCGCUUAUCACGAUAACAGCCCAACAACUUGCUCCACCACCUCCUCCGAAGACUCCAACAGAGCAGCAGUGUACGUGGACGUCCCUGCCGGCACGCUGUCCUUCUUUGUCGUCUCCGGCGACGCGCUGAUCCACCUCCACACCUUCCACACCACAUUCACCGACACUCUCUAUCCCGGGUUUGGGUUCUGGUUGCAGUCCAGUGCCUCAGUCUCUCUGCCUUCAGUGUAGCACACAGGGUUUCACAUGAACCCUGUGAGUGGCAGAGAUCGAGACACGUGGUCAAAGACAUGGUGGCUUUAGAACAAACGUGGAGCGCUGCUGUCGAAGGUGCUGCUUCUGUCCGUCGGUGAUGGGCCAAGUCAAUCACAGUAUUUAGAAACUAUCAGUAAAACCAGCUGCUCGGGUUUGAAAUGUUACAAAGCUAAAAAACAGCUUUUAGUGUCACACAGGUACACGCUGCUUCAUCUGUCAGAUUAAUGAUUACAGGCUCAACCACUUCAGGUCCUGUUAAAGACGGAAGGUACCACUGUAUCUCUGUUCUGUUCCUUUUCUAAUUAAAAGCCACACUAUUCAAUUCAA